GAAGCGCUCAGCGCUGAGGACGGUGGCGGAUGGUUCCGGGCAGCUGGCUCUCGGCUCGGAGCUGCGGCGGGCAGGUACGCACCAUGCUGGGGCUGCUGCUGCUGCUCUGCCAGCUCCAGCUGACCGCGUCGAGGUUUCUUCACCGCGUACAGAGGCUGAGCAGCCCGGAGCAGCCCGACGCCACGCAUGUGUUCACAUCAGCAAAGGAGGCCAAUUUAUUCAUUGGACGACAUCUUCUGAACAACAGAUUUGAUUUUGAAGCAUUCACGCCUGAUAACCUGGAAAGAGAAUGUAUGGAAGAGCUGUGCAGCUAUGAGGAGGCCAGAGAAGUUUUUGAAGACACUGAUAGAACGACACAGUUUUGGAACGACUAUUCAACUAAAGGUCCUAGAAUAAAAACAGGUGAUGAAACACUACAAAAAAUAAACGUUACAGGACUUCUAAUUGGUCCAAUUGCUGCUGGAGGAAUGUUAGCCAUAAUUGGACUACUUAUCUUCUACUGCUGCAAAGAUAGAUGUAAAUCAAGGCAACCACCAGGGCAUUUGGAUCAUGGAAGAAGCAGAAGACGUAGUUCGACUUCCAUCUUCAGAAGGCACGAAGAACUUUCUUUAAAUCCACUUCCUCCCAGACCUGAUGAUUCAGGACUACCAACUUAUGAGCAAGCAAUUACUGCAGGCGGGCAACAUGACGCACCUCCGCCCCCCUACCCAGGGCCCCCAAAAUGGGUACGGGCGUUUAGGAAGUCUAUGUCACUUCCUGCCCCUUAGCUACAAACCUCCUCCUAAAGGGAGGAGGGAUCACUGAGGUAUAACAAACUUUUAAAAAGUUCACUACCUUGCAUAUUGCAAGAUGGUUUACAGAAAUGUGAAAGAUUGUUAGCACAGCUAGGAGCAAAUCAAGAUCCCCUUGGGACAGUGAACUGUUGCAAAAGCUGCAGAACCAUUCUUUGCACAAGGGUGUUUCUCUAAGAAGAGAGAAUGUAUGAAGAGUAAGUCUUGUACUGCCCCUCUUCCACACGCACUUUGAGCCAUGCCAUCAUAUUAUUGAUGUUUUAUUAAUAGUUUUAUCUUGUUUCUUUAGAAGGAACAUUAUUUUAAUUGGUUUUAUUGACAGUAACCAUUUUUUGGUGACUUAAUACUUUCAGUCAUCAUCAUAAGUCUGCUGUGUUGUUUGACAUUGCUGCUGUAUGGAUUUUCUAUUCAUUCUAGUAAUAGAUUUGAGUAUGAAAAUCAUGCAAUGAGUUUAUCUUGCAAGUGUGAAUAUAUUUCUGCUUCUGGAUUACAGUGGUUCAUUUUAGACUAUGCUGGUAAGCAUUACUUAAUUUGAUGUAUUUUUGUGAUUAUUAUUUUGGAUUAAAAAGAGUAAUUAGUUGCAUGGCACAUUGCACACUCAACAAAAAUGUAUGUUAAUCAAAAGCUUUUUUAAGUUCUUUAUUACGAGAGUGGUGAGGGGCUGGAACAGCUGCCCAGAGAG